AAUGCCUCGCAGCAGUCGUCCCGCACCCAUCUCGCUCCCGCCUCCUCGCUCCGUCCCCGCAACAAGCGCUUGGUGUCCUCCGGCCUCGACAGCCAUGAUUCCGACGGCCUGCUUUCCCCCUCGUCACCCCUAGACUCGCCGCGAGCCUCGCGCACCGCCUCGCCCAUCCCCAACCUGGGCCCCUCGCGGUCGACAUCCGCAAGGCCCGCCCCACGAUCCCCCGACAGCCGCAGCGCGACGCCUUCCGCCGGCGCCGAGGACGCCCUGGCCCCGCUGGCCAGUCUGUGGAACAGCUCGUGGACGUCGCUGCAAGGCCUGGCCUCCAACGUGCUGGGCAGCGAUGCCAGCGCCGCCAGCAGAGACGCGUCGCCCCGGCGCCGGCGGCCCUUUGAGGCCACGCACAACCGCAAGGCGACGAGCAGCGCUCCGCCGGCCCAAUGGGGGCCCGCUGGCCGCGAGGAGACGCAGAUUGGCGCCGGCUCCAAGGGCGAGCGCGAGAGCCUGGUGCGGGCCAUGAAGCGGCGCGACCUGCUCGACGCCAACGGCGAGCUGCAGGCCGACUCGCUGGGCCGCUUCAAGCGCCGCAACUCGGACGAGAGGAUUUCCUCAUCGGCACCACCCACCGAGCACGACGAUCGCGAUGCCCUUGUCUACAUUCACCGCGUGCGGCCCGAGGAUACCCUCGCCGGCAUCAGCAUCAAGUACAGCUGCAACCCGGCUGUGCUGCGCAAGACCAACCGCAUGUGGGCUCAGGACAGCGUGCAAACGCGGCGCCACCUCGUGCUGCCCGUCGACGCAUGCGCCGUGAAAGGCCGGCCCCAACAACAUCAACCACCCGAAGACGAAAUGGACGACCUCCUGCUGGACUCGCCCACGCCCGGCGCAGAGUACCCGCCCAUCCACGCCCACAGCCUGCCCAACACCAACGGCUGGCACCACCACUUCCACAAGCCCACGUCGGCCGUCUCAGACACGGCCGACCACAAAGACAACGAGCCGCCCUGGAAGCACGACUCGUGGGUGCAGCUACCACACAGCGGGGACCCGGUCGAAAUCGCGCGACUCCCCCGCAAAGACCUGGGCUUCUUCCCGCCCGCCAGGCGGAAGAGCCUCACCUUCUCCGACGACGCGCCGCUCUCGGCCGCCUCGACAACCAACACGUCCCUCGACCUGCACCGCACAGACACGCAGUCCUCAUCAGCGACCACCGCCUCCCCACACAACAGCCUCCCGCGCCGCUCCGGCGGCAGCGGCAGCCACGGCCCCCGCCCCCGCGCCCCCAGCAUCAGCCAGAGCUUCCAGCUCUCGGGCCCAGGCGGCGUCGGCACGUUUGGCAAAAACGUGCGCAAGCCGGGCCCCGCGCAAGACGGACUGAACAAGCUCUUCUCGCAGCACCUGCCGUCGCUGGCCCCGCCGCCGGGCAAGGACUACUUCGGCGCAUGGAACCCGGCCCACCUCGCCGAAGCGGGCGACGGCAGCGCGGGCGCCACCCCUGUUGGUGUGGGCGGCGUGGGCGGCAGCACCGCUGGCCAGUCUGGCACCGGUGCUAAUGCAGGCUUCGAUAUCGAGCAGAUUGGCGGCGCCGUCGAGUCCUGGAUGCGCAAGAUGGCGAGCAAAGCCUCGGCGCUGGUGCCGCCUGCCGGGCCAGGGGCGCCGGGCUCGCUCUCGCCGGGGGGUGCUGGUGGCGCGGAUGUGGUCGAUGUGAUUGAGUUGCGGGAUAAGGCUUUUGAGGUGGGCGACGAUGAGGAGGACCGGGGGCGG